AUGAUGUGGAGAGACGUGGGAGUAACACUGAUACUGUCACUAAUCCUGCCUGUGGUUGCUCAGGGAGCACGCCACACCCCCCCAGGAAAGCCCAAGCUGACCAGCUGUAGGUCCCCAGAUAAGGAGACCUUCACCUGCUGGUGGGAGGCAGGCUCUGACGGGGGGCGACCCACCACCUACUCCCUCUUCUACCACAAAGAGAACUCUGACACAGUCUAUGAGUGUCCAGACUACCGUACAGCGGGGGCCAACUCCUGUUUCUUCAACAAGAAUGAAACAUCCAUCUGGGUCAACUACAAUAUCACUGUAGUGGCCACCAACGCCCUCGGCAACAACUUCUCUGACCCUGUGGAUGUAGACGUGGUCUAUAUAGUCCAGCCACACACACCAGAGAACGUGACGGUAGGGGUGUUGGAGGACGAAGAUGGUCCCUUCCUCAGGGUGUCAUGGGAACCGCCCCGUAAGGCCGACACACGUUCCGGCUGGAUCACCCUCAUCUAUGAGCUCAGGGUCAAACUGGAGGAGGCGGAGGAGUGGGAGGAGCACCGCGCAGGUCAACAGAAAAUGUUCAACAUCUUCAGCCUGCAUUCUGGUGGUGUCUACAUGGUGCAGGUCCGUUGCAAGCCAGACCACGGCUUCUGGAGCGAGUGGAGCACCGCCAGCUAUGUCAAAGUUCCAGACUACAUUCCUCGGGAACGAUCCAUGUGGAUCCUGAUAGCCGUCUUCUCUGCCUUCAUCUUCUUGAUUCUCACAUGGAUUAUCACCAUGAACAGAAGCAGUGUGAAGCACUGUCUACUACCUCCUGUUCCUGGACCUAAAAUAAAAGGAUUUGAUCAACAGCUUCUCAAGAAGGGCAAGCCAGAAGAGGUAUUCAACGCCUUGGUAGUCCAAAGUUUCCCUCCGAGGUCUACUGACUACGAGGACCUGCUGGUGGAAUACCUGGACGUGUACGUCAACGAGAAACAGGAACUGAUGCCGGAGGGAAAAGACCUCCAAGAUGUUGGCUGCCUCAAGUCCAAGAGCCAGUCGGACAACGACUCGGGCCGGGGAAGCUGUGACAGCCACACCUUGCUGAUGGAGAAGUGUGGAGGUGUGGAGUCCAAGGAGGAGUCGAGCUACGAGGAACCCGAGCUACUGCAAGGCCAGGCGGGGUCUUGGGAGAGGCUAGAGAAGGGAGACAGCCAGGAGGUGGACACCCCAGAUUCAUCAGAUGGGAGGGUUAAGACCUGGCCAUCAGUCUUCUCCCCAUCGAUCCAUGGAUCCUCCGACAACCACCACUAUGGUACACUUGAGAUGCCCAAGCAGCACAGCACAAGUGAGAUAACAUACAGCGUCCCAGAUCAUCUCUUCCCCACAUCCACCUCCUUUCCCCACCACCACCACCCAGAGUACAGCGACAGCCUGUACCAUCUCAGUAGAUCCCCAUCCGCUGGAGUUGCUUACCACUGGGAGGCCCAGCACCACCCCCAGGCCCACAGCAACUUCAACAUCCGCAAUCUGGAGCGCCAGAAAGAAGCCACAGGGCUUGGGCUGCCCCCCUCCCGGUCCAUGGAGUAUGUGGAGGUCCAGAAAGUGAACCAGGAGAACCAGCUGGUCCUGAAGCCCCUCUCCAGCCACGGCCGGGGCCCCUUCCAGGUGCAGUUCGGCGGGGCCGGGGUGAACUACAGUAAAGUCAACGGGGUGAACAAUGACAACGUGCUCUUGCUGCAGAGGCAGAGGGAGAUGGCUGAAGCUGGGCAGUACUGUGACUACCAGGAGAAGGAGGGGGGUUCUGCUGAGAGAUAUCCCACACAGCAGCAGGGCAAGACGGCCAAAGACGGACCUGUAGCUACCCUGCUCCAGGAGAGCACGUGCCUGACCACCAGCGGCUAUGUGGACACUGCCCCCACGAUGCCCACCUUCUAG